CACACGUGUGGUCAAAGUUGAAAGAUGGCUGGUUCGGUUUCCCAGCAGCUUGAGGAAUUGUUAAACCCUUUACCAAAAUUCGCAGACCCCGAGAACGACCAGGACGAUGAGACAAAAGCCCAAGUUGAUGACAGGUUUGACGAAGACGAUCACGAAGAUCACGAAGAUGGGUUUGGCCUUAGCAAUCUGCGAAAGCACAACACAUCUCUGCUGGCUGAGACCGAUCGCCGAUACGUGGGACAGGCAGUAUCUCGUAAACAACUGCUUAAGGAGAUGGGUCAAUCUGAUGAAGAAGGAGAUGAUAUGUCCGAAACGAAAGGUGAGGACGAUGAUGAUGAUGAUGAUGAUGACCACGACGAAGAGAUCGAAUCCGACGAGUGUGAUGAUAUUGCAUCUGGGGCUGAAAGAGAGACGCAAGAAGAGCAGCUGAUAGGGAAAUCAAAUGGUACAGUCAAAACCCUUGUGUCUAACAAGAAACGUCCAGACUUCGUUUGUGCUGAGGGUGUUGACUUGCACAAGUUAACAGAAGGGAUGGACGAUCUGGGAGCGAGUGACGAUGACGAUGGGAGUGAUGAUGAUGAUGGUGAUGAUGAUGAUGGAGAGGAAGAUGAUGAUGAUGAUGACUCUGAAGAGGGGACUGAGGAUGAAGACCAGGGCACAGUCAAGACCUUCUCUAAGGAGAAGGUGGACGAGGAAGUUGAGAAGGGCAAAGCAGUGAAGAAUCAGCUCAUCCUGUGGGACCAACUGCUGGAAGGGCGAAUCAAGAUCCAGAAGGCUCUCGCCACGGCCAAUCAGCUUCCACAACCGCUGACGUUCCCAGAGUUUAAAAAGCAGGGCGGUGCAGAGUUUGCUGGGGCGCUGAAGAACAGCCACAAAGCCCUGAAGGCUCUCCAGCGGUCUCUACUGGAGCUGCAGGACCAGCUGCUGCACCAGAACCCCGACACCAGGCCCAUCUCCAUGGGGAAGAGCUAUGGAGCUGCGGCCAAUAGCGACGAUGAGCUCAGCGAGGUGAUGGAGGUGGAACCGGCGGCUGGAUCCGGCGCCCUGAAGCGUAAGCUGGAUGUGGGACAGUACCCGGCCUUCAUGGCCAAACGCUUCGCUGACUUCCAGCCCUACUGCAACGGCACGCUGCAGAAGUGGCACGACAAGACCAGGCUGACCAUGGGCAAGAGCAGCAAGGGCUUUGGCGCCUUCGAGCGCAACAUCAUCACCCAGGUGGAGCAGGUGCUCCUGGACAAGGAGAGGCUGCUGAGGAGAACCCAGACCCGCCGCACCGAGUACAGGGUCCUUGGGAAGAAGGACACGUCGUCCGCCGCGCCCCCCGAAGAGCCGGCCGCACCCCUCGUGGAUAGAGAAGAAGAGGAGCCCGCGGACGAGCAGAUGAUGAAGGCCAACCGGCACCUCAAGGACCUGGACGAGGACAUCUUUGACGACGACGACUUCUACCACCAGCUCCUCAGGGAGCUGAUCGAGCGCAAGACGAGCGCCGCCGACCCCAACGACCAGGUGGCCAUGGGCCGCCAGUGGCUGGCCAUCCAGAAGCUGCGCAGCAAGAUCAAGAAGCGCGUGGACACCAAGGCCAGCAAGGGGCGAAAGGUACGCUUCACCAUCCACAGCAAGAUGGUGAACUUCAUGGCCCCGGUCGACCACAGCCCCAUGAACGACGAGGCCAGGACCGAGCUGUUCCGCUGUCUGUUUGGCAAAAACUCGCCGCUGGAGGGGUCGCAGGUGGGCGUCAUGUAAAGGAGGUCAAUGUCGAUGAGGCCUUCGGACCCUGGCAACCGCCCGAGACGUCUACCUGGACUAUUAUGGUUCAUAUUCUUGGUACCGAAGAUUAAUGUUUUGUAUGGAUUAUGAGGGAAUGGGAUUGGAUAAAGUCCAUUGCUUUGCAGAUGAGCCGUGUCUUCGGUUAGCAACGUUUCUUUAAUGUGUAUAAGCACAAUAUCUGUUUAACUUUAUAAUAGCCUUUUAAAACCCCAAUAUCUCUGUGUUCUUCUACCAUAAAGUCUCUAUUAUGACAAUGA